AUGCCUGCCUUCGAGGCGACCUCCGGACCGUCCGCAGGCGGCGAGCGAGAGCGAGGCUCGGGCAGGAAGGCUAUCCACGCUUCGCGGGAAAAGACACUCAAGGCCCAGUUUCAGCAGACCAUGCCAGUUUUGAAUGAGAUGCUUUCGCUGCAGGAGAAAUUGGAAGGCGAUAUCCAACACAUCGAGGCCAGAAUCUACGAAAUGGAGGGGGAUUACCUUGCAGCUACGGCAGACGUCGGGAACAUGAUCAAAGGCUGGGAAGGCUACAUUUCCUCGAGCACCAAAACUCGGCGGCCGCCAGGCAAACUGUCGACGCCCUCGGGAGCCCAGGACCGUCUCUUUUCCUUGACCAGUUGCACCAGCCGCGUCUGGAGAGAGUUUGGGCCGUGGACCGACGAGGACGCGUCCUCAGCGGCGCAUGCCGCAGGAAACGGGAAAUCUUCGUGGCAGGCGUCGGCCACCCCCUCGCAAGGCAGUGGGGUGGCUGGACGGCAUUCCAGUUGCACGUCCUCGUCAGCGCGCUCGGCGAAGCGCGGCCCGAACAAGCACUCUGGCCACGUCAUCAAGUCUGGGGAGAGAGGCAGCAAAUCGGCGAGCUCCGCGUCGGAUCCGCUUGGAAAGGCCUUCUCUGGAAGUGGAAGCAGAGACGACGCCGAAGGAACUCAAGCGCCUGGCGCGAGCGGCGCGUUUGUCGACGAGUCUCAAGCUCGAGGAGCCGGGGGAGUAGCUGUAUAG